AUGGACCAUGCACCAAGUACAUGGGCACGGAUCACACAUCCAGUGUAUCUAUACGAGACGAACAAGCUAUCCCUGGGGUUCGUGGUGCUGACGGUUCUACAUCUGAGCGUGUGUUUUGUGUUGCUGGGCGUUUCCGCUUCUGAUUAUUUAUGUCCCAUAGUGGUGACCUUGACGAGCCAACGGAACCGGCCGCACAAGGGCAUUCUGGCAGCCAUCCUACUGGCAUGGUGCAAUUCGUCGCCCGACUUGUUCUCCAGUCUGAUGUCGUGGAACGCGGCCAACAAUGCCGCCGCCUUGUCUGUGGGUGAGGUGCUGGGCGCCUGCGGCGUUAUCAUCUGUGUGGUACAGGGCGCGAUAUUUAUGGUGAUGAGGUCUGCGUGGGUAAAUCUUAGCGCGGCGGAGCGCCAUUCGAUCAUCGUGGACCUACUGUUUGCGAUGCUGGCCGUCUGCAUUAUCGGCUACGUAUGCCUGAUGAACGCUGUGUCCGUCCUGGACUGCGUGGUAAUGUUGCUCAUCUACGCGGCCUACAUAGUGUCGAAGAUCUCUGCUGGCCAGCGGCACGCCCCCCCGACUAUUGAAGUAUCGAGUCCUGCGAACCAGUCCGACCAGAUGCCGCCGGAGCUUGUGGGGCCCUAUUCUGACAUGAAUGACAGCGACAGUCAGUUCUUCAUUUCUGACAUCGACACGGGCAUCAAGCCCAGUUUGCUAACUUCUAUCGACUACAAUAGCCUGCUCAAGGUCCUGGAGACCGCUAUGCCGCGCGAAACAGCCGACACCAUCUCGCUAGAGACUAUGGCAACACCGCACACCGAGCACCGCCCGGUCACAGAGCCGAACGAGCGCGUCGACCCAGCCAGGCAGCCGGGGAUCACCCGCACAGCCCCGCCAAUGUUCCAACCAUAUUCUGACAACCCCGAGUUGCAGUUGCUGACACCGCAGCCGCUGCGGUCCGAGGACCUCUUCAAGCGCCGCAUAAUGCAGCUCAAGUCAAACGCGCUCUACAUCUUUGCGCCGCAGCUGGCGAACUUCCGCGAGAAAAGCCAUGUCUCGCAGGUGCUGUCGGUCGCCCUGACGCCGUUCAUGCUCCUGCUCCGCAUCACCAUCCCACAGUACAGCAAGUUCGCCCAGGUGGCGCCAGGGGGCGCCUCUAUCUCGUUGCCGCGCACAACGAUCGCGAUGGCCGUCAUAAAUGCAGUCGCAGCGCCGCUAUGGGCGGUGAUGCUUUAUAUGUCCUUCGCUGAGUCCCGCGCGCCCGUCACGGUGUGGCUGCUCGCCGGUCUUGUCGCCACCGCGAUGCUCACCAUGACUGUGCUUCUCUACGCCCGUGUCCACCGUGCCGGCAAGUUCUCGCUCACGCCAGACCCGCAUACCUCCGUGGCCGACGCGGAGCGUGCCGCCCACACUGCCACGUACCUCUUCAACGGUAUCGGCGUGUGCUGCAGCAUGCUUUGGAUAUCCUACCUCGCCAACACCCUCAUCGAGAUCAUGACUCUCUACCAGCGCAUCACCGAUGUCUCCGAGGCCAUACUGGGCCUCACCAUUUUCUCGUGGGGCAACUCCGUCAGCGACCUAAUGUCUAACGUCGCCAUGGCCCGUCUCUACCACAAGCUGCCCGGCGACGAAGGGACGCAUCAGGACACUAAGUUCCUCGCAAUAUCCCUGGGUGCGUGCCUCGGCGGUGUACUACUAAACACCAUGAUCGGCGUUGGUAUCAGCGGGCUGGUAACCAUGCUGCCACUCAAGAGGUGGUCCAUCACGCUACGUGACCAGGGAGUAGAUAGCAAGUUUCUGGUUUCUUGCGUUGCCAUAGUACUACAGCUCAUAUUCCUUUUGUGGCUCUUUUUGACGAACGCACGCUUUUUACAGUCGCACAUGAAAACAGUGGGGCUGGCGAUGUGCGCCUGGUGGUUAGCGGCUACGUUACUCAACCUAGUACUUGAAGCCUCAAUAUAA